GCAACAUCAUCAUCAAGAAUCAAGGAUUUAGCUGAGGAAGCAUUCCCUCCGCUCCGAGCGAAGGCCGCCAUGUUCGCUGUCCACUGGAUGGCCACGUCCCAUCCUCUCUCCUCUUCCGUCCUCCUCUCGAGCCCCUCCUCUUCUCGCCCUCCUCGAAUCCCCGCCCUCUCGGCCGCGAAACGCCUCGUUCCGUCGGUCCCGAGGCGGCUCGCGGCGAGCGGGCUCGGGGGUUCGGGAGUCCGCGGCGAGAAAUGGGGUGGGGCCCCUUCGGUGCGCUGUGCCGUGGCCACGGAGUCGGCGGCUCAGUCCGCGAGCACGCGCGAGGCCGAGAGCUUGGAAGAGACCCGGAAAGGAGAGGAGGAGAGGAUCGUCUUGCCCACCAACGAGUCGUCGGAUAGGCUUCUGCGAAUUCGCCACACGUGCGCGCAUGUGAUGGCCAUGGCUGUUCAAAAGCUCUUCCCAGAUGCGAAAGUGACGAUCGGGCCAUGGAUAGACAAUGGAUUUUAUUAUGAUUUUGAUAUGGAGCCAUUGACAGAUAAAGAUUUGAAGAGAAUUAAGAAGGAAAUGGACCGUAUCAUUGGGAAAAAUUUACCCCUUGUAAGAGAAGAAGUUUCCAAAGAUGAAGCUCAGAGAAGAAUUACGGCGAUGAAUGAACCCUACAAAAUGGAGAUACUGGAAAGUAUCAAGGAAGAACCGAUUACCAUAUAUCAUAUUGGAAAUGAAUGGUGGGACCUGUGUGCUGGUCCUCAUGUUGAAUCUACGGGAAACAUUAAUCGGAAAGCUGUCGAACUGGAGUCUCUUGCUGGUGCUUACUGGAGGGGAGAUGAAAAGAGACAAAUGCUGCAGAGGAUCUAUGGCACGGCCUGGGAGAACGAGGAACAGUUGAAAGCAUAUCUUCACUUUAAAGAGGAGGCAAAACGCCGGGAUCACAGGCGCAUUGGCCAAGAUCUCGAUCUCUUCUCCAUUCAGGAAGAAGCUGGUGGAGGAUUGGUGUUCUGGCAUCCAAAAGGUGCCAUUAUACGACACAUUAUUGAGGACUCCUGGAAGAGGAUUCAUAUGGAACACGGUUAUGAUCUCUUGUAUACUCCACACGUCGCAAGGGCACAUCUUUGGAAGACCAGUGGUCAUUUGGACUUUUACAAAGAAAAUAUGUAUGACCAGAUGAACAUUGAGGAUGACCUCUACCAGCUUCGUCCUAUGAAUUGCCCCUAUCACAUAUUGGUCUACAAAAGGAAGCUCCACUCUUAUCGUGAUUUUCCCAUCAGGGUUGCAGAGUUGGGAACAGUGUACAGAUAUGAGUUGUCUGGAAGCUUACAUGGGCUAUUUCGUGUAAGAGGUUUCACACAGGAUGACGCCCACAUAUUUUGUCUAGAAGAUCAAAUCAGAGGUGAAAUCAGGGGAGUUCUGGACCUCACAGAAAGAAUUUUACUCCAGUUUGGCUUUAGCAAAUACGAGGUUAAUCUAUCUACCAGACCAGAGAAAGCUGUCGAUGAUGAUAUAUGGGACAAGGCUACAACUGCUCUUAGAGAAGCUUUAGAUGACAAAGGAUGGAGCUACCAAAUUGAUGAAGGUGGCGGUGCAUUUUAUGGUCCAAAGAUUGAUCUUAAGAUUGAGGAUGCUCUUGGAAGGAAGUGGCAGUGCUCGACCAUACAGGUUGACUUUAAUCUUCCCCAGCGGUUUGAUAUUACCUAUGUGGACUCAAAUUUAGAGAAGAAGCGGCCUAUCAUGAUCCACAGGGCAGUGCUUGGAUCGCUUGAGCGGUUCUUUGGGGUCCUUAUAGAGCACUAUGCAGGAGAUUUUCCAUUAUGGCUUUCUCCAAUACAAGCUCGAAUUUUGCCAGUUACGGACAACCAGCUUGAUUUCUGCAAUGAGGUGACGCGAAAAUUGAAAAAGAAUGAGGUUAGAGCUGAAGUUUGUCAUGGUGAGCGCUUGCCAAAACUGAUCAGAAAUGCCGAGAAGCAGAAGAUACCAUUGAUGGCAGUCGUGGGCCCCAAGGAAGUCGAAACUGGAACCGUGACGGUCAGGUCUAGAUUUGGCGGGGAACUCGGGAGUAUAACCAUCGAUGACUUUAUCUACAGAAUCACAAAGGCCAGCGAAAACAGAACCUCGUUUUGAAUUUCCCGAGAAUGAAAAAGGAGUCCGUAGGCGCUGUUUAUUUUCCAGAGGCGAAUACAACUGGUAGGAAAAUAAAAGAAGGGGAGCAAAAAACCGCGAUAUAGAUAACAAUUUGAGCACUGGCGGGUUAUUGUAACAAAUUUUUCUGUACAUGUGUUCAUCAGAGUUCUGUAUAUAUUCCACUUAUGAAAAACGGUAUCGAUAUCUUUCCAAGCUUCUAAUGAACGACACUACUUGUGUUUGA